UUCGUUUUCUUUUCCCGGAAGGAACGAAUGUGAAAACACUAGAGUUUUCCUUAUUUUUAAGUUGUAUAUUAGAUAUGGAGUUUUUCGAGGUGUGAUAUGGAGUGUAUUUCAUCUUUUGGACAAGAUAAUGGUCCGCUUAUGAGGAAAUCUUCUGAGCUUUUUUUGUCGAACAGCAGGGAAGGGAACCUCCAUGAGGAGCAUAUUUCCGUCUCGUUUUGUUAAGCAAGAGCACAGAGAGAACAGUCUUCCAUCCAUAAUGCAAGGCAAUCACAGGCAGGUUAACAUUGCGCUCGGUGUGCGUCAUUCGCCCCAGAACCAGCUUUCCUCGAUCAGCCCUUGCACAAAGGAAGACCUGUCGCGUCUACCUGGACAACUGCGAAUAAACCCAUUCCUUUGGGACAGGGAGGAUGUUGGCCACUGGCUCCAUUGGGCUCAGAGGGAGUAUUCACUGCGCCGGCCUGAAAAGGGCCGCUUUGAGAUGAACGGGCGAGCUCUGUGUCUGCUCACCAAGGAAGACUUUAGACGCCGCUGCCCCAGCUCAGGCGAUGUUCUGUAUGAGAUCCUACAGUGUGUAAAACAGCAAAGGAGGAGUUCUGGGUGUGACACCCCAAAUUUGUCUCCCUCCCUGGAAAACGGACCCAUCCAGAACCCAUCCAGCUGCCAGCUGAGUGUCCAAGAGCCUCCGCCUCCCACAGUCAAUAACGUCCAAGCACCGCCCCUCAACCAAGUUCAGCGCAUUCCGCUUAACCUUUCCAGUCGAGAGAAGCCGAGGAGCCCACUAGACAAAGCCCACGGCCGCAUCCCAGAGUGUAGACUGCUGUGGGACUACGUGUAUCAGCUUCUGUGCGAUGACCGUUACCAAGAAUACAUCCGAUGGGAAGACCGGGACAGCCUGGUGUUCAAGGUGGUUGACCCCAACGGACUGGCACGUCUCUGGGGAAACCACAAGAACCGAGACAACAUGACCUAUGAGAAAAUGUCCAGGGCCUUGCGACACUACUACAAGCUCAACAUCAUCAAAAAGGAGCGAGGACAAAAACUCCUUUUCAGGUUUCUGAAACUCCCAAAGGACACCAGCAAACAGCGGGCUGUUGCUGCCCAGUCCCCAGAACACACUCCACCUCAGGAUGGGGGGGACCAGUUCAGUGAGGACCAUUUUGAAGUUUCCCCUGAUCAUGCAUCGCCACAUCUUCCUUCGUAGAAAACCCAGUUCCCCUGAAUACAUUGUAGGACACAACAAGACAGAUGAUUAGAUCAUGUUCAGAAAAAGGUUUAACAAAAUUCAAUGUUCAGAGUGUUUUUGGGAUGAAAUAGUGUAUUUCGACAUUGCUUUUUAAUUUGCGUUUAAUCACUGUUUGUAUCACUCUAAUCAGAACAAACACUACUGGACGGUGGAAAUUCUGAAAGAAAUCCCGUCAAUAUGUAAAUAGCCAAAUGAACGUCGUAACUUAACUUUUCAACUCAAUCAAUAACACAAUAACUGUAUCAGUCCUGCAGAAUGUUGUUUCAGAAAGUAGGAUGAACCAAGGUGGAGGGAUUUUUUGCAUUGAAAUGUAUUGUAUUGUUGGUUAGAAAUAAAAUGUGCAAAUUCUGGUAGCGUAUUAUUUAAUUGCUAGUAUUUUUCCAGCGUACAAUACGUUGUUAUUAGUAUUGCAUAUUGUGUAUUCCCUUUGGGACUGCAUAAAAAUAAUGUAAAAAAUGAUUAAGACUUUAUUACAGCCUUUUUGAGUGAGAAUAACUGCCAGCGUUAGGUCCAAACUGGUGGUUUCAGUGAAUUCACCAAUUGUUGUCCUUUUGAAAAACCAUGAAUGUAACAUCCUACGUUAUCCCUUUAUUCUGUGAAAAAAAAAUAAUAAUAAAACGGGGUCAUGUUGAAUGUUUUUAUUAAGCGGUUUCCAAUAAAAACCAG